CCCAUCUCAGUAUCACCGCAUUGUUCAACCCCGACCGACCUGCCACCCCCAAACCCUGCUCUCUUGUUACUACAUCCCUCUCCGGCUGGCUUCAGAGUCCCAAGUGUUGUCAUACAUUCUCCAGUCUCUCCUUUCUUGCAAUCGCCGCAGCAAUGUUCAUCGCCCGGUCAGAAUAUGAUCGCGGAAUCAACACCUUCUCUCCAGAAGGCCGUCUGUUCCAGGUCGAAUAUUCCUUAGAAGCUAUCAAACUAGGCUCUACCGCCAUUGGGGUUGCUACCUCCCAUGGCGUCCUCCUCGGUGUCGAGAAGCGUGUCACAUCGCCCCUGCUCGUUUCGUCAAGCAUAGAAAAGAUUGUGGAGAUUGACCGACACAUCGGCUGCGCCAUGUCAGGGCUGCAAGCUGACGCCCGGAGCAUGAUUGAACAUGCCCGCGUCGAAUCACAAAACCACGCCUUCAACUUCAACGAGAAGCUCGGAGUCGAGAGCUGCACCCAAGCAAUCUGCGAUCUGGCUCUCAGGUUCGGCGAGGGUGCCCAGGGCGAAGAGUCAAUAAUGAGUCGGCCUUUCGGCGUGGCAUUACUAAUUGCCGGCUGGGACGAGGACAAUGGACCGCAACUUUAUCACGCUGAACCGUCAGGAACUUUCUAUCGUUAUGAUGCCAAAGCUAUUGGAUCGGGAAGUGAAGGAGCGCAGGCAGAGCUCCAGUCUGAAUAUCACAGAUCAUUGACACUGGAAGAGGCGGAGACAUUGGUUCUCAAGACACUGAAGCAGGUGAUGGAGGAGAAGCUGGAUUCGAAGAACGUCCAGUUGGCGAGCGUGACGAAAGAGGGUGGUUUUAGAAUCUAUCAAGACGACGAGAUGAGCACGGUCGUGGCCAGACUCGAAGGCGACUAGACUUGCGCCCAGGUGUUGCUACAGCUCUUUUGGCUCCUCAUCUGCCAUAUUACCAGCAUUAGUCCGGAGUCGUGGCGUGUUCGAAAAAGCAUCACGGCUGGCAGGCCGUUGAUAGGAUUUCACCUCAAACAAGGAUGAUUUGAUUUCUAAUAUGCUGAUCCCUAGAUAUUUUGGACUUCUUGUGACUGAGGAGCUAUAUACUGACACCCGCAUACUAUGUCCUGAUCAUUUGUCUAUUCAUUUGUGAGGUUGCAGAUAUUGGACAGGUGCUG